UGUGAAGCGCAGGAGUCUCUGAGUGCAGCAGAGAGCUACAACCAGAACUCUUGCUUCGCCGCACUGCUCCGCCCGUGCCAAGGAUGUGGCUUUGACUGUUAAACCCUGAUGAAGUGUGGGGUGAAUGAAUGGCAGUGGCACUGAGCUGGGGAGACACUUCACCUUGGACUAUUCAGACAAACACAGAGGACAUGGACGCUGAACAGUAAACUGCAGAACCUUAUCGGUGAAGAUGCAGCACACCUCGUGCACGGAGGACAGGAUCCAGCAUGCUCUGGACAGGUGUCUGGACGGGCUGAGACAAAGCCCAACAGCAGCACAGCACUGGAACGUGCUGAUGCGCGGGCCGGGUCAGUCGAUGAACCGCUGGAGCUUAGAGGAGCUGGUGAAGAGGGACCCCGAGAACUUCCUCAUCCUCUUACAACAGAUUAUCAGGAAGACCAAAGAGGUUCAGGAGCAGUGUCAGUAUGAGCUGGUGGCUCCUCUCGCCAUCAUGUUCUCCUCCACGCUGCUUCAGACACCGUACUGUCCUCCAGACACAGAGCUGCUGGAGAAAGCUAUCGAGGUGUUUCGCUGCUUCCUCACAUGGCCUGAGCCUUACUGCAGUGUGUGUAGAAACCUCCUCACCACACUACAGCUGGAGAUCAAGGCCCCAGGGAUUUCCUUUCAGAGACUUGUGAGAGAAGAACAGUUCCUUAACACCCCCAGCCAGAGCUCCAAGACCAUGACCGUGCUGCUGAUGAACCCGUGCGAGGUGCCCGCUGACUUUCUCUCGGUGGGCGAGCAGCUCAGUGGCAUUCAGCACCCGCAGAGAGAGACCUACAUCACCCUGAUCAAACACGCCUUCCAGUCCACGCUAGGCACCAAGCACCCGCUAAACAGCAUCCACAGAGCCCUGCAGGAAAAAACUGUGAGUGAAUUGGGGGAGAUAUUCUCCGUGGUGAGUGAUGUCUUAGAGACGGCCGCUGCCAUGAGUGACCCUCUGAAGGGCCGCAGUUACGUGAUCGAGGGGCUUGAGCAGCUGAGGGAGAGCAUGACAAUACCAGCGUCCAACGGAAAGAAGUCUGAUGGAAUGCUUCAAACUCUUCCCUUGCCUACAGCCAAGUGCUACAUGUUUCACUGGGAAACAGAUAACUUCGAUGUUCUGAACACCCUUUUGGAACACGAGCCUGAUGACCAGGUCAUGAAUGGGCAAGCUGAGGAGGAAGAGGAGGAAGAUAUUGACGAGGAGGAAGAUAUUGAUGAGGAGGAGGAUGAGGAGGAUGAGGAGGAGGAGGACAAAGACCAAGAUGAGGAGGAACAUGGGGUGGAAUUGCCUUCAAUGUCUAUCAUCCCUUAUGGCUGCAUCCCCAACCACCGAGCCUCCACCUUCUCCACCAUCUCCUCCCUGUCCACCGCCUCCAAAGACUCCAUGUUCUCCACCUUGUCCGUAGCCUCGGAGUCCUACGCUCCGUCCCUCUACUCUGCCACCUCGGGCGUUGACAGUGACUACUUUGAAGAUUCUGACGACAACAACUGCUCCUCCCCCGUCGCUGAGAAGUGUUCGCCAAAGUAGCAAAGUUCGGCCCGGCUCAGCCAGCACCUGUACCGACUCUUCAUCAAACCCAAGAGCCCUCGGUCGCUGUCCCGUGCCAAGAGCUUAGGAAACCCAGAGUUGAAGGAGCUUUUAGUGGGGCGAGAGAAGCGCUCCAACUCUCUUCCACAGCAAGUCCAGUUACGCUGUGCUGAGCCCUUCCUCCAGCCACAAAGUCAAACACUCAGACACGUCUGCUUCCGACGGAGGCCCAUUCUCAGCAGCGAUGAGGACAGUAAGAAUACUACGCUGAGGGUGGUGGUGUUCGGCGCUGAUCGCGUGGCGGGGAAGGUGGCCCGAGCCUACAACAGCCUGAGGAGGAAGGAGAGUGCGUGUCCACGUCUCAGCAGGGCCUUCAAGCUCCAGUUCUACUUUGUGCCAGUGAAGAGGGACUCGGCUGCAGGGCCGGGGGGUCCCAAGUCUCCUGGUCCUGUGUGUCAAACUGGAACUCCAAAAGGGGCGGCCCUGUCUAAUGAUCUUCACACGGGGUCAGGGGACAGCACCAACGACAUUGCCCAUCUCCUCGGUAUGUUGGACCCCUGGUACGAAAGAAACACCCUUAGCCUGCUCAACCUGCCUGCCAACGUCGUCUGCCAGCAAACCUCAAAGACGGAGUCGGAGUCAUAUGACAGUUCCUAUGAGCAGCGUCUGCCCAUCCUGGCCGACUUGGUCCUGUACUACUGCCGCUACGCUGCCAAGCCGGCUCUGAUCCAGCUCUACCAGGCUGAGCUGACGUUAGCUUGUGGCGAGAGGAGGACGGAGGUGUUCAUCCACUCCCUGGAGCUGGGUCACACCGCAGGGACACGAGCCGUAAAGGCCAUGGGUGCUGCCAGUAAACGGUUUGGUAUCCACGGUGACCGAGAAGCAGUGCCUCUAACGUUGGAGAUGGUGUACAACAGGGUGGUGAUUAGCGGGAGAAGCCAGCGGAAGAGAGAAACCAAAAUCUGUACGUCGGUAAACUUAACCAAAGCGUGCAAGAAUCCUGAGGCGCUAGACUCAAAGAUGGAGUGCCUGCAGCUCACGAUGACUCAGGUCAUGAAGAAACAAAACUGCAAAAGCAAGAAGGGCUACAACCAGCAGCUGAGCGUGGUGGAGGUGAAGGUGGACAAGGUGCAGGUCAGCGGUACUGGAAACACAACCUUUGCUGUAUGUCUGGACCAGGAUGAGAAAAAAAUACUGCAGGGGGUCACCAGAUGUGACAUAUCGGUCUGCUACAAACCUGACAGCUCCACCGACUGGAGGCUAAGAAAAGAGCCGUCCUCAGGCCAAAUCCAGCCUCUCAACCCCACCUUCUGCUCCCUCCUCUGCCUGCCCAUAGUCACUUUCAGUGGGGCUCUUCCGUGAAACUACUGGCCUGACUGGUUUGAACUGGAUGGUUUCGUAAGAAAAUAUUCUGCGCACUUAAUUAUCCUCUCAAUAACAGACACUGAUGCUGUUGUCAAGUUCACGUGAUGGUGGCCUGAAACGGCAGUGGGAUGCAACACGAUGGAAACCGCAGACCUGGCCUGCGAUCGUCAAUAGAAAUACAUACCAAAGGACCGGAGAAACACAGAAUGACUACAUACAAUGGUUCUAAUGAUAUGCAGUCUAGCUUCCUCUGUACGAAGCAAUCAUUCACAGUGGUUAAGGAAACUGUUGAAAUUACAUUCUAGGGGUUUCAGUUCCUUUUUUCCUGCUGACAGAGAAGUGACCAUACAUACCCGCAGAUACAUUACAAUGUAAUUUGAUCAAACAGGGUGCAUCUUCACGUGUUGAAAUAAGCCUGGAUCCUACCAGGAGAUGGAAUGUUUAAAUGUGGACAUCGUCUUUGAGUCAAAGUUUGAGAACUCGACGGACAUGGACAUGGAGGACCAGGGGGAACAUUUUACAUCUCCUGACCAGACUGAACUAUGUAAUGCCUCCAUUAGCUGUGAUUACGGGACUAUGUGACUAUAUCUGAGAAUGGACACUAUGGACUUACACAAUAUGUAAAUAAGAUGUUUGUUAAAUAUUAUAUUGCAUGCUUUAACUUGAAUUUUACACCAUCAUGUUUUAUGUCUGGCAUAAAUGGGAAUUGAAUGAUUUCUCCUAAGGAGUUACUGUUUAAACUGGAGUUAUAACCAGCAGGGGGCUCUGUUGACAUUCCAACCACAGACUGUAGAUUCCAACCGACAGUGGAAGUACAGCUUACUUUAAUAAACAAGAGUUGGCCAUAGCUGUACUGAAGUUUCACUUUGUAAUAAAUGUAAUGACAUUUAUGUAAAGAUCAUAUUUUUAGCUCUUGCAAAGUGCUAACCUUUAUUUCACCGGGGGAAACAGAUGAAAAUUUACAUUUGAUAUUGUGGUGCUAAAAAAUACCUUUAUAAAAAGCUUUGCAUAAUGUUUGACAUUUCAAAUAUGUAUUUAAAAUUGUUGUUUUGCUGUAAAGGGAUAAUACCCUGAGCCCCUGACUGAGACUGAUAUAGUAGCACUGCACGUAAAAAUCUUGUAUGGAAUUGGAGUACUUGAUUCAUGAUUUAGGUACUUUUAUGUUCAGAUAAAUGGCCAACAUGCCUUCUCUGAUGGCACUGAUGCGAAUGCAUAUUUAUAAUUGUAUCAUCUAUGCAGCGGACACAUGUGAUAUUAAAUCUUCAAUAAAAUGUACGUCUUUA